AUGAAGGGCAAUGACAUUAGCAGAUGACAAUACAUUGGUUAGAAUAGAAGUAAGGUCAGAGGUAGGGUUGUUAGGAAAUUGAGUUUUUUUUAAGUAUUUAUCAUGAGCACGAAUAUGAUUUUGAACUUGACAAGUUUGAACUCAAACCCAAACAUUACUAUUACUGAAUCGAGCCGAACUCGAGCUUUGGGUGUUCGAGCUCAGCUCGGCUCGUUAACAGGCCCAGUCAGAGGGAAGGCGGUGAUUCUGAUGCAUCAUCAUGCAUGGCAAAUUGGCAAUGAAGGCUCCAAUGGCAUCGCACGUGAAGCUCUUUAGGGUGGACCGCUGGAUUUAAUCAAGCAGGAAUUUGGUUGAGGCUAGAGUCCUGCUACCUGCACCUUUGCCCAGGGUGAACUCAAAUAAGGAAGACGUGAAAUGGAGGGUAGACACAUGGCUACGAGGAACAACCCGAGAGGGCAAACUCAGGCGACGUCCGUAGGGGCCAGCCAGGUUGCAUCUCGGGGUGCGAGAGGCGGUAGGAGAGGCCGUGGAGGCCGUGGAAGCCGUGGAGGUCAUCAGGCUCAAACCGUGAGCGAUGGCCAUGUUAGCUCGGUGCACGGGACUCACACCGAGGAUUAUGACUCUACUUAUGUUCCCGAGACGGAACAGGAGGAGACCCCAUACGAUGGGGGUGAUACGUAUACCGACGAUGACAACGAUGAGAGUGAUGCCAAGUUCGCUCAGAUGGGCGAAUUGUGUGAAUGGUAUCAAAAAGAGAAACUAAGGCGAGAUCUUAGGCGCCAGGCUAGGCAUGCCUCUCAGGGGGCUUCAGGUCACGGAAGCCGG